AUGGACCCAGGGCAUUUCAGUGUGGCCCAUUUCUGGGUAUUUCAGUGUGGUGCAUGGCUAGGGACUUUCAUAAUCGAUUUCCAUAAGAUCAACGGCCAUAUCGUGAACGACGACAGGAGCGUAGACGCUUCGGUCGCCGAGCGCCGCCGCCCUCGCUGGAUCGCUUCUGAGAAUUCUGUGCUGUGGCACUCGCGACGGCUCUUCCAGUACAAGGAAAAGAUCGAAGCUGAUGCCAUACUCCAGAAGUACCGAGGGGACGCGGCUCUUGCGGAUCACUGGUACUUCUGCUAUUUAAUUAGCGCACCAGGUUCCCCUGGCCCUGACGGCAACACCCACCACCAGGCCUACGGACCGCAAAUGAUCCCCCUGGUAUCACCCAUCCACACCAAGGUGCAAAGCCACGAUGACGAGGCCUUUAUUAUUGACGGGUCCUCGGUAUACCGGAACCCAACGUCUCCAAAUGGAGACCGCGAGCUUCUUGAGCUCUGCGCCAACGGUACCGCCGUGACGGCGGUCGGUCACACCAAGACGGGCACCAGCUUCGCUGCCCCUGCCACGGCCGGCGUUGUCGCCCUGCUGCAGAGUGCCAAUAAUCGUCUGCAAAGGUUCCCCGAAGCGUGCAGGGCUGUGCUUUUAGCCGGCAGCCACCGACAGCUGGCGAACUCGACGUGGUGGGCCGACGUUGGCUCCGCGCGCAAGGACAGCUGGGAUGGGAAACGUCUCCUGGACUCGGACUUCGAUAGCCGGGACAAGCUUUCCACGUUUAGCUACUACCUGCGUGCGCCGGGAAGUCCUGUGUCGCCCUUCGAUCGCCUCCGGGUGAAGGUGGCGAUCGCGUGGCAUAGUGAGGUGACGACAAAGCACGACCAAGCAACGUCGUCGCAGUUGACCACGGACCUAGAUCUACUUGUUUUGGAUAGUAAAGGAAAUAUAGCCGCCUGUUCGGCGUCCUUCGAUAACAGCUACGAGGUUUCCGAUUUGAACGCUGUCCCGGGCGAGACUUACCGUAUCAAGAUCCGCCGCUGGUCCGGUUCCGGAUCGGUCAUAUGCGGCAUCGCCUGGACCGUCGAGCAGACAUCGUGGCUGCUCGAGCGGCCCGGAAACGCUGGAUUUUCCGCUAGCCUCAACAUAGCUAUGGGCACAUCGUCUACUGGUGCCUACGAAACGACAAACAACACUGCGCUGGGCUCCGCUGCCGGCCAGAACUCGGCCCUGCUUUCAUUUGGUGUCCCCGAAUCCGCGACGCUGCAACUCGUGGUGGGUCUCAACAUGGUGGACAUGGGCAACUCAUCGUCCAACAGAUGGGCCAUCCGCAUCAAGGCUUUCCCCAGCGACGUGACUGAGCAACAAUUCAUGUUGAGCAUCAACUCAUGGGCCGACACUAUGCUAUAUAACGCCCGUGUGUCUUGGCUGAUGCUAGACCAGGCCAAGCUGGGCGUGCAGUGCGGCCGCUUCGACAGCCAUAACUACCGCGCUGCUGGAACUACGGGAAACAUUUACAAGACGGACAAGUUCCCACAUCCCUUCAAUAAGUCACCUAUUGUGUGCGUCGGCCUGAGCGGCUGGGACAUCGACAACAACUGGCGCCUCCACUGCUGGGUGGACAAUAUCAAGACCGACAGGUUUCACAUACAUGUCGACACAUGGGGCAGCUCGGUAUUAUACUAG